AUGAUUGUACGAGUUGCAACUCUUUUUGGUGCAGCAGCAUUCAUGCUCGCACCCUUCCUUGUAGCAGCCGACUGUGAAUGUGGUUAUUCUGUCAAUAAAACCACCGAUGAAACUUACGCUGUCUUCACUGAUCUCCUCGAAUCAGACUUUUUGACUCUCAGCAACAUCACCGAGGACACUGAUUGGGCCAUUCAAUCAUGGAGUGUUGACAAGGAGGCUUCAAAGGGGCCAUAUGGGCGCAUAACAGAGCCCAGGAAUGUUGUCUCGAACCCAGCAAAAUCUACAAAUACUUCGGAGGGACUCAAUGGAGAUCAGGCCGGGUUGGAGCUGUAUGUCAGGAAGCUUGGGGAGAAUGAGGAACAUGUCAGUGUUGCGGAGGUUGAUUCAAGGAGGACUGAUAUGCGUUAUGGAAGUUUCAGAGCGGGAAUCAAGGCUACUGACAUUUCUGGCACCUGUGGAGCUUUUUUCUGGUACCUCAAUGAUACCCAGGAGAUUGAUAUGGAAUUUCUCUCUGCGCAAAUCAACGAGACUUCUUCUCCUGUUAACCUUGUACUUCACUCCGCUCUCACUGAGAGUCACGGGGGAGAUGCAAAGGGCACUCCUACCUAUAAAGUUAUCCCACUUCCAUUCAACUCGGCCGAGGAGGUGCACGAGUACCGCUUUGACUGGCAGCCUGGCAGUGUUAGUUUCUACGCCGAUGGGAAGUGGAUUGAUACCAUGAGGGACGCUAGAUAUGUCCCUCAGGCUGCUGGAAAGGUUAUUCUCUCUCACUGGUCCAACGGAAACCCUCUUUGGUCUGGUGGUCCACCAGCCGUCGACGCAAAAAUCACCAUUCAAUAUGUUCAAGCAUAUUUUAACUCAUCGGACCCUGCUCGUGCUCGUGACCAUGCUACGCGUUGCAAAGAUCCAAAUGCUGCGAAUGCGAUUUGUGAAAUCCCUGCUCUAACGGGUCCCCCAACACCUGGAAAUGUCCAUUUCUUCUCUCAAGCUGCGAGCGGGAACAUGACAAACAACCAGACUGUGUAUGCAAAUGAUAAGAAGGAGAGCUCUGCACCGAGGAAGAGCGCUGGAAUCGUUACUGCGGUUUUAAUCGCUGCUAUGGUUGCUUGGGUUGUUUAA